UUUAGCCUGCUAGCUCCGUGUUAUCCAACGCGACACAUUCGUGCGUAUUUCGUGUUAUUUAAACAACGUUUUACCACUCGGCUUUCAUCAGGACACACUUCUAUCUGCUGUCCACCCGCUGCAGCACUAAAGAUGUCUCCCAAACCUCUGGCGCCUCUGGCCAAGAGGCUGAUGAAGGGUGUGAUCGCUCUGGAGCUACUGGGGGUGCUGGGAGCUUACGCCUUGUUUCACCGCAUGAACUCCAGUCAAGACUUCAGAAGCACCAUGAACAGCACGUUUCCCUCAAUACUUGAAGUUUACUACCAAUCCAACGAGUGGGCGGGAAUCUACGGCAUCCGCGAGCGGGACCGCGAGGUCUGGGCGUCCCGGCGGGACUGAGGAUCUCCGCCUCGCUCCGCUCACUUCCUCCUCUUCUUGCCGCCGAG